CCCGGGGGUCGCGGGGAGCCCCCUCCGGCGGACGUCGGGGCGCGCUUGGGCGGAAGCCCGAGGCCCAGGCCUGGCCCGGGAAGACGGGCGGGUGGCCGCUGAGAGGAGCGGGGGCGGCGGAGAGGAGUGGAACCGAGGAAUGUGAUUGAAGUGAGUGAAUUCAGAUAUAAUUCAAGCUUGUUAGAGGACUUUAAAAAAAUACAAAGCUGAUUCGGUGUAUGAAAGCAAGUUAACUACUGCUGCUCACCGUUGAGAGACUUACAGGUGCUUGCCUGAACUGCAAUAAAGGACUCAUAUUAUUGAGCAGGACUUAUUUAUCUCUUCAUUUUGGAGAGCCUCAUAAACUGUUAUUACAGUUUCCCUACUGACUUUUAAAAAUUUGAAGUUUGAAAGGGACACCUGUGCAGCUAGCAAAGCAUGAGCACGGCCAGAACAGAGAACCCUGUUCUCAUGGGUCUGUCCAGUCAGAACGGCCAGCUGAGGGGCCCCGUGAAGGCCAGUGCUGGCCCUGGAGGAGGGGGCUCACAGCCACAGCCACAGCCAAUGAACCAGUUGAAGAACACCAGCACAAUCAAUAACGGCACUCAGCAGCAAGCACAGAGCAUGGCCGCCACUAUUAAACCUGGUGAUGACUGGAAAAAGACUUUAAAACUCCCUCCAAAGGAUCUAAGAAUCAAAACUUCAGAUGUGACCUCCACAAAAGGAAAUGAGUUUGAAGAUUACUGUUUGAAACGAGAGUUGCUAAUGGGAAUUUUUGAAAUGGGCUGGGAAAAACCAUCUCCUAUUCAGGAGGAGAGCAUUCCCAUUGCUUUAUCUGGUAGGGACAUCUUAGCUAGAGCGAAAAAUGGAACAGGCAAAAGCGGUGCCUACCUCAUCCCCUUACUUGAACGGCUGGACCUGAAGAAGGACAAUAUUCAAGCAAUGGUGAUUGUUCCUACUAGAGAACUUGCUCUACAGGUCAGUCAGAUUUGCAUCCAGGUCAGCAAACACAUGGGAGGGGCCAAAGUGAUGGCAACCACUGGAGGAACCAAUUUACGGGAUGACAUAAUGAGGCUUGAUGAUACAGUGCAUGUGGUGAUUGCUACCCCUGGCAGAAUCCUGGAUCUUAUCAAGAAAGGAGUAGCAAAGGUUGAUCAUGUCCAGAUGAUAGUAUUGGAUGAGGCAGAUAAGUUGUUGUCACAGGAUUUUGUGCAGAUAAUGGAGGAUAUUAUUCUCACACUACCUAAAAAUAGGCAGAUUUUACUAUAUUCCGCUACUUUCCCUCUUAGUGUACAAAAGUUUAUGAAUUCCCAUCUGCAAAAACCCUACGAGAUAAACCUGAUGGAGGAACUAACUCUGAAAGGAGUAACCCAGUACUAUGCUUAUGUAACAGAGCGCCAAAAAGUGCACUGCCUCAAUACACUUUUCUCCAGGCUUCAGAUCAACCAGUCGAUCAUUUUCUGCAACUCUUCUCAGAGAGUUGAAUUGCUGGCCAAGAAGAUUUCUCAGCUGGGUUACUCUUGCUUCUAUAUCCAUGCUAAAAUGAGGCAGGAACAUCGAAAUCGUGUCUUUCAUGAUUUCCGAAAUGGCUUAUGCCGCAAUCUUGUUUGCACUGAUCUGUUUACCCGAGGUAUUGAUAUACAAGCUGUGAAUGUGGUUAUAAACUUUGACUUCCCAAAGCUGGCAGAGACCUAUCUUCAUCGUAUUGGAAGAUCAGGUCGCUUUGGUCAUCUUGGCUUAGCCAUCAACUUGAUCACAUAUGAUGAUCGCUUCAACCUGAAGAGUAUUGAAGAGCAGCUGGGGACAGAGAUCAAACCCAUCCCAAGCAACAUUGACAAGAGCCUGUAUGUGGCAGAAUACCACAGUGAGCCUGCAGAAGACGAGAAACCUUAACAAGCAUGCUUUGACAAACUACAGAAGGCUCCUUGGAUCUGUGACA